AUGAUCGUCCGCUGCUUCCUAUACGCACUGAUCAGUAACAACCUCGUAGAACUUUUGAAGGGCCUCGAAGACCCCGCAUCUGAGAGUAGAAUUGUCGGCGGAACAUCAACAACGAUAGAGCAGUAUCCUUAUCAGAUAUCUUUGCAACGGGAGGGUGGCCACAUUUGCGGCGGUUCCAUUAUCACCGACUCGUGGAUUCUGACCGCCGGACAUUGCGUUGACGGCAGUACCAGCGAGCCUUCGCUUUACACCGUGAGAACCGGUUCUUCCUACUUCGAUCACGGCGGCAAGUUGAACGCCGUGAAAAGCAUCGUGAUACAUGAAAAUUUCAACGCCACCGCUAUCGACCAUGACAUCGCUGCUGUUCAGUUAGAAACUCCGCUGGUGUUCACCUCCACUACGUUUCCGAUUCCCGUCGCGAAGAAGACGGACAUAUUUUUUAGCGGUGUUUUGGUGACGGUAACCGGAUGGGGAAAACUCAGUCAGUUCGGAAACGGUUCGAAAAUAUUGCAGAAGGUUGAAAUUCCGUUGGUCUCUUGGAAGGAAUGUGCAAAGGCUUACGAGGAACAUCCGAUUACCGAGCGAAUGAUUUGCGCGGGUGUUCUGAACGCGGGUGGUAAGGACGCUUGUCAGGGUGACAGCGGUGGUCCUCUCGCACUUAAUGGGAAAUUAAUCGGAAUAGUGUCCUGGGGAUUUGGGUGUGCCCACCCGUCUUAUCCCGGAGUUUACACCAGGGUCACGGCAUUUCGAGAGUGGAUUGAGACCAAAACAAGACUACGAGUCCUUCCUCCACCUCCCGUUCUAUUGGUAAACUCUAUCGCCAAUUCAUCGGCUCAGUGAAGAUCCCCAUACUCCCGGAGAUUGAUGACCAAAAUUUCGGGCAUUCCGGAUACAUCCAACAUUAAACUUGUCAAGAUUACUUCGGUUGUAUGUACCUCGGGGUAUGCCACGGAAAAGGCGAAAGGUAAUGAUUAAUCGUUGACGUUGUACUCGAUUGACGAAAAAAAAAAAGAAACAAAAACAAAAAUACUUCAGAAAACUUAAAAUACCAUUUUACUUGUGUUUAUAUUUGAUUUGCCGCGUGAAAAUGUUGAGAUGAAUUUAAACGGCUGUCGUUUUACUUCAUCGAGUAAAGUAUAACGCGCUGUUUGUACAAUAGUGUAGAAAACGAGUCUGCGAAAAUACUGCGGCAAUCAGCAGCUGUCGCUCUAAUUAACAGAUAACUUUACCGUGUGAAUGGCAGAGUGUUAUAUUCGUCAUAUAGGGUGGCGCCGUAUACAUUGUUUGCAAUUAACGCAAUACCGUACUAAUUGACUGUGAAUCGGUACAUGGUAUUGAAUUAAAGGUAGAUCUGACGGCGUCAGGUAGACGUAUAGAAAACACACGUGCACGUAUGAGUUAUUAUCGCUGCAACUGCAGCGUGCUCGAAUUUGAAGUAAUUGAUUAUUAGUUUGUUCGUAUAGCGAAUGAUUUUGAAUAUGUAUCAGUCGCCCGAGGAAUAAGCCCUGUAAUUCUCGAAAUCAGUGUGUUUUCCAUCGAUCGAUGUACAGGCAAAAUGUAGAUUCAAAGUGAUCGUGCACCGUAUACCUAUGUACUUAUAAUUACCCCACAUCAGCUACCUGAAAUGACCAUCCCGUGAUCCGAAACGCUCACGCGUACCACUCAAUCGGUAAUCUAUGUAAAACCACAGAGAGUGCAGAAUAGAUUCGAUAAAUUCGCAACAAUUUUCAACAAUUUCAU